GCACUUUACUCACAUAGAGCACUUUACUCAUAUAGAGCACUUUACUCACAUAGAGCACUUUACUCACAUAGAGCACUUUACUCAUAUAGAGCACUUUACUCAUAUAGAGCACUUUACUCAUAUAGAACACUUUACUCAUAUAGAGCACUUUACUCAUAUAGAACACUUUACUCACAUAGAGCACUUUACUCA